AUGAUACUUGGCUCGCCGCGUCCUCCUAAACGCCGCCCAAAAAUCAAGACACAAGGCAGGAUUCCCCACUCAGCGCGGCCCGCCAAGCCGCACAUCCACAAACACCAGGACUGUCAGGAGACUACUCCCCGCGGCAUCAGUGGCUCUGAGGUCAUGAGAACCAGGGGCGGGCGAUCCAGGCCCCGCACCGCGCAGAGGAGCUCCCCAUUGGGCCGCCAGCACAGGCAGAGCGGGUACAGUGUGUCCGGGCAGGUCUGA